GCCAUCGACCGGCGGCCGAAUGCAAGCCCGAGGCCGGAGCCAGACUGGUUGCAAAACAACGGAAUCUGCAGGGUGCACGUUGCCAUUGCAUUGCAAGCCGCGGGAGUCGGUACUACACCAAACCGUACAAAAAGCAACCCUAUAUUCGGAAUUCGUUCUCGUUUUUCGGCACACGCACCAAUCACACUCGAUUAUAUGGACUAAAUUAAGUUUUUCGCACCCUUUUUAAUGUUAAUCAUAGCUUAACCUCAGUUUGUUAAAAGUUUUUGAGUGUUAUUUUUACCCGUACCCAUAAAUGAUGUUUGUGCUUGUUCAAGUGUAAUACUACCAUCCAGGAUAUUUUACUCGACAAUCAAUUGCUAUGGCAGAAGGAAAUGGUGAGGUACCGGAGGAGCCAAUGAAGAUCGACGGUUCGUCGGACGUCGAACGUACCGAAGACUACCACAAACUAAUCGAAUAUGGGCUCGACGAAAAGGUCGCCGCCAAAUUGGAUGAAAUAUACAAGACGGGCAAACUCGCGCAUGCUGAUCUCGACGAACGUGCGUUGGAUGCCCUUAAGGAAUUCCCAGUGGAUGGCGCCUUGAACGUUCUCGGCCAGUUCCUGGAAUCAAAUCUGGAACAUGUCUCUAACAAAUCGGCGUACCUGUGCGGCGUGAUGAAGACCUACCGCCAGAAGAGCAGAGCGGGGGCGGGGGGUGGCGGAGCGAGCGGCGGGGCAGGUGCCACGCCUCCAGCUCCGCAGCCCGCCAAAGGCCCCGACGAGGAGAAGAUCAAGCAGAUACUGGACAGGACCGGGUAUACAUUGGACGUCACGACCGGACAGCGCAAGUACGGUGGCCCGCCGCCCGGUUGGGAAGGCCCGCCGCCCGGCUCCGGGUGCGAAGUGUUCUGCGGUAAAAUCCCCAAGGACAUGUUCGAAGACGAGUUGAUCCCGUUGUUCGAGCAGUGCGGCCCCAUAUGGGACCUGCGGCUGAUGAUGGACCCCAUGACUGGGACGAAUCGCGGCUACGCAUUCGUCACGUUCACUACUAGGGACUCCGCACAGCAGGCCGUGCACAAGUUGGAUAAUUACGAAAUCAAACCCGGGAAGACCCUGAAAAUUAACAUUAGCGUACCAAAUCUUCGUCUAUUCGUCGGGAACAUACCAAAGUCAAAAGGCAAAGAGGAGAUACUGGAAGAAUUUGGUAAAUUGACAGCCGGCCUUGUGGAAGUGAUCAUAUAUUCAUCGCCCGACGACAAGAAAAAGAACCGCGGCUUCUGUUUUCUGGAGUACGAGUCACACAAAGCAGCCUCAUUGGCAAAAAGAAGAUUGGGAACAGGAAGGAUAAAAGUGUGGGGCUGCGACAUAAUAGUUGACUGGGCAGACCCUCAAGAAGAACCCGAUGAACAGACAAUGUCAAAAGUGAAGGUGUUGUAUGUAAGGAACCUUACCCAAGAGAUCACAGAAGAAAAAUUGAAAGCUUCAUUUGAGGCAUUCGGCAAAGUGGAACGAGUGAAAAAGAUCAAAGACUAUGCGUUUAUACAUUUUGAAGAUAGGGAUAAUGCAGUUAAAGCAAUGGAAGAAUUAGACGGUAAAGAAAUGGGUGGAUCACAUAUUGAAGUAUCAUUAGCCAAACCUCCGUCCGACAAAAAGAAAAAAGAAGAAAUACUAAGAGCGCGAGAAAGACGGAUGAUGCAGAUGAUGCAAGUUAGGGGAGGCAUGAUGCCAGGAACGAUGCCACUGCGUGGACCACCAGGCCAGGCGGGUUCCAGAGGAUCCUCAGGGAUGCGCGGCGGUCCAAUGGGCAGGGGUGACUACGAUUAUGAUUACGACUAUUACGGUUACGGGGACUAUAGAGGCGGCUACAGCGAUCCCUAUUACGAUGACUUUUACCGUUACGAAGAUUACUAUUAUGAUUAUCAGUCGGUCCCGACGCCAGCUAGAGGAAGGGGCCGGCAACCAACACCGGAACUGGAUGAAGGAGUCACCUCUGGUGUUUACUUCGAUGUUAGCAGUGGAACACAGGCUGGCCGUGGGCGUGGGGUGGUGGCGCGUGGCCGGGCCGGUGGCCCCCCAGCCCGUGGGGCGGCGGCGGGGGCGGGCAACCGAGCGGCAGCGGGCCGGGCCGGAGCCCCAGGGCCGCGUGGGGCGCAGCGCCCGCCCGCUCGUGGAGUGGGCCGCGCCAAGGGAAGUUUACCAGUUUUGUUGGCCGUUGCUUAAUAUUAUUCAGAAGUUUCCCUUAGCCAUGUUGUGCGCCGUUUAUGGAGUUUCAAAUGUGGUGCUAUCAUUCCUUGUGCAGUAAACGGAAGUUUGACGGGGGUCACCAGAACCAGGGGGAGACGAAGCGCCGCUACCAGAACCAGAACUGGGGCAACCAGCCCUUGGCCCAGCAGCCGUUGGCCGACUUGAACGGGGACCAGCAGUGGUACCAAGACUCUUACGCCGCGUGGAGCUAAACGUGCUCCCGACUUCUAAACAUCCGACGUCCACUGCUGCUGCUACCCUCUAUCAAUCGACAGACAAAAUGUGACAACCGCGGCUGAUGAGCUGGCGUCGCCGCUUAUUGGCGCGACACAAAACAAACAAACAUUUUCUCGGGAAACGUUCUCUGACUUUCGACACACGCAAUGUCCAAACUGUUAAAUUUUCGACGGAGUUUAGACGACACCUGUUUGGAGCUCUGCAUGAUUACAUUAGCAGAUGCCAUUGUGACGGGUCGGCAUAUUUUGUUCGUUAUCACCUCAGUCAAGUUUUUGAAACCCUUAGGUUAUGACAAAAUGUUAAAAAAAUAUAUGAUAGAAUCCGUCAAAAAGUAUUUGAGGAUAAUUUUCACUGUUUUGUACAAAACUUUACGGUCAUCGUCAUUUGACAUAAUUUCACGAACGCCGUACUAGAAUUCUUUUUAGUUUAAGCUUGCAUCUGAUUUGUGCCAAACGCUGAGACCUCGUGUACGGUUGUACGAUCUCGGUUCUUUGAGCAUGCCUAUACAAUCGUAGAAGUUUCGGAUAGCUUGAUGCAAGUCAGAUUCAUAUAGUCUUCUUAAGUUUCUAGUUGAAAUAGUUUUUCUUCGAUCUGCAGUGGUUUCUAGCUGUUGUCGCCUAAAUUUUGUCGUUAGUUUACAUACGAACAUCAAAACCCCUCCUUGGGCCUUGCGCGGCUUCGGUGAUGUCCCCAUGUUAAAGACGCUGGUUUACGGGUGAAAGUCGAUAAAUUGUGCAGAAUUCGUUUUGGCCUUCACCACACAUCUGUAAGGAGUUUCAGAGCUAGUUUUUUACAUUUCAUUCAUGUGUGCAUAUUCAUUUACACAACUUCCAUAAAAACAUAACCAACGUUUUAGUCCGCGAUUUAUCAAAUAUAACCACCUUAGAGCAUUGUUGUGAUUUAGUCAAAUCAGUUUAAAAUGAAGUACAAAUGAAAUCUAAACGUAAAGCUUUACAUGAAAGCACCUUGAGAUAUCCAUUAUGAAACAUCAUGUCAUUAGCAAUAAUUUAACGCUCUUGCUUUAGGAAUAAAUUAGUUCUAUUUAGUACUAGUUAGGAAAUCUAGAAGAUAGUUUAGAUCGUAAACAAUAGAUGCUAAAUAUUAAUUGCAAAAGUUCCAAUUGAAUUUUAAUAUUUAGAGUAAUCAGUUUUAAGAGUUUACGACAGUACCUUUAAAAAAAUGGGAAAUAGUAUAAUUUGGUCUACAACCUUUCGUUUGAUAUUUUAACCAAACAGUGCUGGAUAUGUAAAAUCAAAACAGAAUUAUUGAACUAGAUUAUUCUUGAAGCUUCUGAAUAUUACCAUCGAAAUAUAAAAAAAUGAGCGAAACGAUUUCGACAGUUUGUUGACUUCUCCGUAAAACCUUAACAACUAAUCUGCGUUUUUUUUUUGUUUUUUGUAACAUUGCUUAGUUUAUUACAUUUUAAACUUGUUGUUAUUGGUACAAUCAAAAUUUUUUAUCUGUACGUUUGUUUUGAUGAGAUGAAAUUUGACAAUUAAAUUGAUUAAGUUAAUAUUUUUAUGUUUUUCUUGAUUGUUUGGGCUUUACGUGGCGCGUUCCCUGGUUUACUGAGGCGACUGUACAAUAUCAUAGGGACGCCGAUGUGCCUGUUCGUUGAUAGUCUUUAUUAUUUUUUUUGAAUGGGCGGGAUAUUUCGCAGGAAGUCGCAAGUCUCUAAAAGAUAAUCGCAAAAAAUCGCAUAGUAACCACAUUGUCCUAAGUAGUCAAAUAUCUCCAUCAUAAGGAAGAUUUGUUUCAAGUUGAUUGUACAAAUGGGGAAACUUUAAAACUGGACUGGCUAUCCCGAAAUUUCUACAUCGGAGAAUUAUGCACAACACAAGUGACAACUGUAUUAGAUAACUAAACAGUAGUAUUAGCUUUCGUACUGCCAAGCAUGGACAUCUGUUUCAUACUAUUUGGCAACUCCUCUGUAUGGUCUAGGCUUGGUUUGGUGAAUCGUUUUUUUUUCAAAAUUUCUGUGAAGUUCAUACACGGACUUGCCUGAAACCUUCGGUAUUUUAAUAGCUGCCACUUUUCACCGUCUGUACACGGCUUGCGUAUCAACAUGUCAAUUUUUUCUGCGUGAGUUUUUGUCAUUAUCUUUACGAUUAGUUGAAUUUUCCGUUUCGAUGCGUUAAUUUUUAGUUAAAAUUAUAUUGAAAUCCCAUACUUUCUGCGACAUAUCCUGCUGUGAUGGGUGACCGCAAAAGUCACCACACGCCUAUAUUUUAAUAAUGUUUUUUUUUACUUAAUUCCAAACCGACCCAAUGAAACCCCGAGUGUCACGUCGUCACUGCAUCGUUUGGGUUUUUAGUUAUUUUUCAUGAAUAUGUUCUACGUAACGCAAAUUGUUAACGCUGAUUGGAAAUGCGAUAUAGAGGGAGAAGCGUGGGUUUGGCACUGACACGUUACGGCGGUCGACUGUCACUGUUUGACAGUUGACAGUCGUACGCACGGGGCGCGGAGAGGGACCCCACUCGGUUCAUGAUGUGUUUGUACAGGCGGCGCUAAAAUUACUCUUCAGAUAUUUGGGACAAUGCUAAUUCGAAAAUGGCGCCCGCUUAUUUUCGGUAGUGAUAUAAAAAUUAUAGUAAUUAAUCAAAAUAUGAACAUUGAGUUUUUUGGGCGGAGUAUUUUUGGAUAAAUUACGCGAAAAGAAUUUUCGAUUAAAAAAUGAUAUUGGUGAAUGUUGGAUUCCCAUGUGUUGGCAUCAAAGCGGACUUUUGAUGGAUAAUUUUUGCGCGAGUCCCUGCACGCUACAGAGAUCUUUUCGCAGCUCAUGAACAGAGUAAAAAAUCUAUUAUAUGUAUAAUAUAAUUAUAUAUUUUAUUCUUGGUAAUGCAUUUUUGCAUUGUGAUGAUUGUAUUUUAGCAGUAAUUUUAAGGGAGUUCAAAGCAUGUACUUCUGUUUUUGCUGGUGAAUCUGGUUAUUGGUAAAAAUUCACAUAGGAAUCCAUAUUAAUGUGAAAAGACAGGCUCCGUAUGGUAAUUACAGCUAAGACAUUCAUUAUUUGCAAUCUUAGGUUCAGUUCAUAAAGUUAUGUUUAUUUUUUGUAUUCUAAUUUUUAUGUAUAUUAUUCUUUUGUUUUGGUCCACCCACACCAAUGCCCAUCCGUUGUUUGCUUUUUUGCUUCACAGGCAUUUUUGUCUCUCUUCAGUAUGUUUGUAUCGGAUUAUCCCUAAUAUUAUCUUUUUUUUUUGUUUAGUGUGAAGUAGUUAAUAUUCAUCCAAUAUUGUACUGUUUAGAAACUGUAAUGCCUAAUAGUAACACUUCUGCAAUUCUUUAAAUCACAAACCAUACAACACUUGAGAGAUGCGAGUUUUUUUGCAAUUUGUAGCAGGUCAUUUUAUUGGUGAAAAAACCGACAAUUGUUAUGUAUCAUCUAUCGAUUUACUAAUGAGAGGACUGAUGAUUUAUAUGUCUCAAUAAACAGUUGUAUGUGUAUUACAAUUUUACAAAUCAAA